CAGCUGUUGUGGCAUAUUGUCUCUUCCACUUUCUAUACAUUCGCCGCAUUCGGUGUGUUGCCUCUUCCAUUUUCUAUACAUUCUACAAAUCCGGCGUUUUGUCUUUGUGCAAUUUUCUGCUAUUUGUGUGUGUUGGUUUAUACUUGUAGAAUAGUUGUUAAUGUGUUUGUAAAAAGCCGCUGCCGCCGAAAAAUUCGUUCCAUCUUUAUUCCUCUGAUAUCUGAUCCUUCAAGGAGUUCAGGGCUGGAAGUUGAAGAGUAAUAUAUUUUCCCAUUAGAAAUUGAAUGUUCAAUUGAAAAUUUGAAAAAUUCCUGCAAAUCUGGAUGAAACUGGUGAAGUGAUGAUCGCCGUAUCAGAAUCUCUGGAAUAUAUUCCACGAGGUCGGCAGGCGGUCGAUGAACAUCCUGGGCCAACAGAGAUCAAACAACAUCCCCAGUUGCCAUCCGAGAAUCUAUUAUUGUUGCGUUUGCAAAAUGUAAAUAUAUCAGCGAAGGAAGAACACAAUGAGUUUUGGUGUGUACGUGAAAUCUAUGAAGACUUUUCCCAAAACAAACGAAAUGGCAACAAGAAAUCACAGGGUGGAGGUAAUAAGGGACAAGGUUUUGGCAACAAUUUGAACAGGAAUAAUGAUACAAAAUCUAAUGGAGAAAAUAACCCCACAUCUACUGGUCCAUCGGAGUACAUGUGCGAGUAUUUGGUGAACUCCGAAGAGGAAUUGUAUGUAAAGAAACAUACGGCUGUAUGGACCAGAGGUAUUUCCGAUGAAAGAUGCACUUUGCCUCGCUUGUGCUUCACUUGUGAAACUCCCAUUAAAUUUGCAUUCUUUUGCAACAAGUCUUUCAUAAGUUCCCCCAAAGAGCAAUUGGCUGAAGAAGAAACGGGACAAAAAGUCACAUCUAUAUGCCUGAUUGAUCAAAAUUCCUUGCGUGUUUAUUGCAGUAACGGUGAAGAUUUCCUUUCAAAUCUUGAAUUUCCUGUCUCUCAUGUCUGGCCCACACGUUUCGGUAUCCUUUUGGAAAAAGUGGCAUCGAAUACGAUUAUACAAAAUCACUCAAUUUCUAUGCCUCGUCUGUUUUCUUUGAGUCAUCCUUUGGAUGAAAUUUGUCCAGUGCUCAAUAAAUCCUCUACCAAUGUAAUUUCAUAUCUCAUCGAAUCGGAUUAUAAAAUAAUAUUUUCCGAUGAAAAAUCCGAUUUAUUACUGCUGUGUGAUACUAAACUGGGUAAACAUUUUAUAUCACGUCUGCGAAAGGCAAGUGCCGAAGAGGUACAAUACAUCGGAGCACAAAAUGAGACUGUCUUAGGCAGUAGUGUUAAUCAGUUUAGUGUUCAUAAGCCAAAUCUAGGUGGAACAGUUAAUCAGUGUAGUUUCUCGCAGAGUAGCAUGAAGUUCAGUGGAGUCACACCUAAGAACAGCACAGCCCAUUUGGGUCGCACAAGUUUAGGUACGUCCAAUUACACAACACAUAUAAGUAAGUUCUUGAAUAGUGCCCAUUCCAUUAGCGGAGCUUUUGGUAAUUUAAAUCGUUCCAAUACAGCAUCACCUUUAAGUAAUUUACAAUCAACCAUUGGCCAACAUUCUAUAUCCGUGCAAGAUAUACGAAAAUGUGGCCAAAGUCAGCCAUCUAAACCCAUUGUUCCUGAAUUGUGUUUGGAGCAUAUUUGGACUGAAAAUACCUAUGGGAACUCUCGUGAUUUCUGUGAAAUAUCAUCGAAAGCCUUCAUCCACACCGAUUUGGUUGGCCAAACGUAUCUCUGUUAUCUACUACCACGCUCAUGUAAACUACAGAUGGUCAGACUGAAUAAUUAUGAUAGCAAAAACUUAAAUAUAGCCACCAUGUGUACCUCGAUUGUGGCCAAGGAUGCUGUGGCUUUGGAGCGCAUGAAUAUGCUUGCUGUUUUGGAUCCUUCGGGCACGUUAAUACUUUAUACGGGUACUGUGUUGGUGUCCAAAGUUCACAUACCCAAUACACUAUCCGGUAAUACACCAUCCUCAAAAAUGCCCACAAGUGUACAAAAUAUAACACCAUCGAUGCAAAAUAAAUCACCCAAUACCUCAUUUCCAAGACGUAGCAGUUUGCUUCCUUCUGCACAAAAACCAAGUGAUUCUACAUUUGAGGAGGAGCUGCAUUUGCUGUCACCAGUACAUCCUUUGCAACCUCAAUUUUUAAGCAGGUCCAAUAAUAUAUGUUUAGGCCUGAGAGAUCCGGCCGGUAAUCGUCUAACCCUCACCUAUCUCUCGGGAAAAAUGUUGCGCAUAACAUUGCCUCUCAUAAAUGAAACUAAACUUGUAAGCCGUUGUAUUGCAGCCCUGCGACAAGUUCUGAAACGUGACCAAUUUAUACAAAUGAUUACCAAAUGGUAUGGUUCACGUAAUCCACCAGGUUCACGAGAUUAUUGUAUUGAACAGGAAUGGGACAUAUUUCGUAAUGUUCUGUGGGAUUUAAUGGGUUAUUCGGCAACAAUGCAUGAUGUUAGCAGUGGUACUGCCACAUCGUUUAAUGCCGAAGAGCCAAAGAAACGCAAGAAAAAUGAUGAAAUACAUUCGGGUACCGAUGAAGAUUGGCAAUUCAUGUUGAACAUAUUAGAUGGCGUAGAGACUGGCCUAAAUUGCAGUGGAGAACGUCAACAGCAAACCUGCAAUAAUAUAGAUACAACUGCAAUUUUGUUCAAUACCAUACCAGCUAUUUUCUAUAGUUUUCAUUUGCUCUAUGAAGAUUUUAAAUUGGAUGAUUCCAUGCAUCAGCAUUUGAAACCAUUGGCAAAGUUUCUACAUCAAUUAGCUUUUGAUAUGCAAUUGCAAUCCUAUACUUUCCACUACUCCCUCGAUUUCCCGUGUUUAGUUCGCAAUGCGGCCAAGGCUUGUAUCUUAACUGAACAGCAUGGAUCUCAAAUGUUACACAAGGAACUGUUAACCGUCCCAGCUCCAAAUGUAUUCCAACAAAUUGAAUUUAUAUUAAAAGACAAGGAUAAUAUGCCUUUCAAUUAUGUAGAUGGUAUCAAUGACUUGAGCCGUAAUGUGUUGCAGGUUAUUUCAUUAAUCAUGCAUGGUCAUGGCAAAAUCAAGAAGUGGAUAAAACCAUUGGAUUUUGCCGAAUCGGUACAAUCAUAUUUCCCCAAAAAACCAAAACGAUUUAUAUCGGUUAAUGUUUCACGUUCGGAGCAGGUUAUACAAAUGCUAAUCAAUAUGGAAAUAACCCGCAAAGAUAUUGAACGUUUGCCAGUGGCCAUUCAUCUGUGCAUUGCCGAAUGCCUGGAAUAUUCACGGCUGGAACCCCCCAUUGGCUGUUCGCCUACAACAUAUGAGCUGAUUUUACGUUCCGACUUAGUCGCACAUGCUAAAUUACAGAAUCAAAAUUUCCAAACACCCAAUUCAGGUUAUUUGCAAAAAGUCAAUAUCGAUACGGAAGAUUCUCUCUCAGCUCGCUGUCCACCAUCUAAGAAUGGGAUAUCUCAAAUGGAUGCUGCUUUGGAUGAUGGUAUGGAUAAUAUUGAUACAAAACUGUUGAGUCUACGUUUUCCCGAUGAUAUGCGUGUGGCUGAGGUGCGUCGACUAUUAUCGUCUUCGGAGCCAGUUAUAAUUGAUAUAACACAAUCUCCUGGCACCUCAGAUCAUGAAUUUAUUGAAGAGCAGGAAAAACAGCUGUUUUCUUUGUGUACAAGGACAAUGACAUUGCCCAUGGGUCGUGGAAUGUUUACUCUGAGGACUUCUAUACCCACACCAACAGAAUCAAUGCCCAUUCCCAAGUUGUGCCUGACGGGCAAAGAACCCAUCAAAGGAGCCACUGUGGAAAUGCAACAAAUUGAAUUCCCCGCCAAUAUGAGUUUGUGGCCCACAUUUCAUAAUGGUGUUGCAGCUGGCCUAAAAAUAUCACCCAAUGCCCGAGAUGUAGACUCAACAUGGAUUGUAUAUAAUAAACCCAAAGGUCAGGCGGAUAUUUCAACAGAACAUGCAGGAUUUCUUAUGGCGUUGGGAUUAAAUGGUCACCUAAAAACCUUGUCGUUUAUGAGUAUCUAUGAGUAUUUGGUGAAGUGUGAUGAAAUGACCAGUGUUGGCUUACUUCUGGGUAUAUCGGCCACACAUCGUGGUACCAUGAAUAAUACCACCACAAAAUUACUUAGUGUACACAUAGAGGCUUUACUGCCAGCCACCGCCUUAGAAUUGGAUAUACCACAAAAUAUACAAGUGGCAUCUUUGAUGGGUAUUGGUUUGUUGUAUCAGGGCACUGCCAAACGCCAUAUAGCUGAGGUGCUGCUGCAAGAAGUUGGACGCCCUCCAGGCCCCGAAAUGGAAAAUAGCGUGGAAAGAGAAUCAUAUGCCUUAACAGCUGGUCUGGCAUUAGGUUUAGUUACCCUGGGACAAGGAGAAUCUCCGGCAGGCCUACGAGAUCUUCAAUUACCGGAUACUUUACAUUAUUACAUGGUGGGUGGUAAUAAAAGAAAUCUUACCGGUUCACAAAAGGAAAAAUAUAAACUGCCCUCGUUUCAAGUAAGAGAAGGGGAUCAAGUAAAUAUUGAUGUAACAGCACCUGGAGCUACGCUGGCAUUAGGUUUAAUGUUCUAUAAUACCGAUAAUAAAGCCGUUGCCGAAUGGAUGAAUCCACCAAAUACCCGUUAUCUUUUGGAUUUAGUAAGGCCGGAUUUGUUGCUAUUGCGCACCAUUGCUCAUGGUUUGAUAAUGUGGUCUGAAAUACAACCAGAUGAGGAGUGGCUACACAAUCAAUUCCCGGUCAAUUUACGGUUCGAUGUUGAAAAGGGUGCCCAAGUCAACGAUAAUGAGGAUAUUGAUCAUGAAGCUAUAACCCAAGCCUACUGUAACAUCAUUGCGGGUGCUGCCUUUUGCAUUGGUUUAAAAUAUGCUGGCACAGAGAAUCCGGUGGCCUUUAAAACUUUACGACGUGCCAUUAAACUUUUCUUAGGAUUCCCGGGCAAAUAUGUUGGCGAAUUUGCCGGGCGUACCACAAUUGAGAAUAGUCUCAUGGUCAUUCUCUUGGCCAUUUCAUUGGUAUUUUCCGGUUCUGGUGAUUUGGAAAUAUUACGUAUUAUACGUUAUUUGAGAUCUCGUAUUGGUUCGGCACAUCCACAUGUCACCUAUGGUUCACACAUGGCCAUACAUAUGUCACUGGGCUUUCUGUUUUUGGGUGCUGGCCGCUUUACCAUUUCAAAAACGCCCGAAGCGGUGGCAGCUUUGGUGUGUGCCCUGUUUCCUAAGUUUCCAACGCACAGUAAUGAUAAUAGAUACCAUUUACAGGCCUUCCGUCAUUUGUAUGUUUUGGCCGUGGAGCCACGUCUAUUUUUACCCCGUGAUAUUGAUACCCAAAAGCUGUGUUUAUGUAAUAUUUCGGUCUUGGAAGUGGGUGCCAAGGAAUUGCGCCGCUUGCCCAUGGCUCCUUGUAUGUUGCCCGAGUUAAGCUCAUUGCAAAAAGUCGUUGUGGAUGAUCCCAAUUAUUGGCCAGUUUCGUUUGAAAAGAAUCGUAACUGGGAUCAGUUGGUGAAAGCCCUGGAAAAUUCUGCCUGUAUUGAGAUUAAAAAACGUUCCGGUUGCCUGUCCCACCUGGAAGAUCCCGAUCGUUUGAAAAGUCUAUUCUCCCAGACAUUAACUACAGAACAAUAUAUCUGUUGGGAAAUUGAUCCAAAAACUUUGGAACGUUUUUCCAAUGAACCCUAUGUUAUUGGGUUUACAGAUCGUUUCUUGCACCUGGAUGAACCGGAAUCUACAAAUGAUGAAUUGGCAUUGAAACAACAUUUAACCAUGCUAUUCUAUAAUGCCGUCGUAAAGGAUAAAAUGCAUGUUUUGCCCAUUUAUUUGGCAAUCUACAAUCACGUCCUGAAAUUCAACACCAAGGAGCCCACAUUCUAUGAUAUUUGGCAAUUGAAAUUGCUGAAUUGCUAUUUAGAACAGUAUUCACAUCCUCAUAUAUUAUUUCCCAAGGAGCUUAUAUCAUCAUUUCUUGAGCAAUUUCAAACAUUUAUGGAAACAUGCCGUCAUAAGUUAUCAACGCCUUUAAGGCAAUUUAUUACAGCCAGAGAUUUUGAAUCUCACAUUGUGGCCAACCUGACGCAACAAGAUUUGGCGAAAUUGGUAGCCGUUGUCAUUUACUAUUCACUAACUCCAAAUCUCUUAAAUAGUCUAGCACAAAGACCCACAAAUUAUGUGGGCUAUAUCAAAGAAUUGAGAAAACUUAAUUUAGAGGGUAGCACCACACAAUGUCUAUUGAAGAUUUUACAAGCAACAAGUGCCUAGAACAAGAGGCAAGAAAGCAAAGAAAAAUCCAUGAACUCAACUCAAAUGAAAUAAACAAAUAAAUACAAUAUUUAUUAAAAGAAAAAAAAAAAAAACAAAACAAUAGUAACAAAUUAAAAAGGUAUGUAUAAAUUUAAAUAUAAUUUACAAUUUUGUUUUGGAAGAACCCAAUGGAAGAUAUAUUACAAUAUAUUCAUGAAUUUAUAUGUAAAACCACAAAA